UUACUUCUUUAGACUCAAAAAGAGAAUUAAGAUUGAUUUAUUCUCUAAGUAAGUAUUUUGAAUCAACGGUAUUUGUAAAUCAUUGAUAGUGUUUGUUGGAAAACCGACAAGAAAAGUACUAGAAAGGCUACUUAUUGAAAUAUCAUGGCGAAAUCAGGUUUCUCACCGUCCCCUUCACCGUUAAGUGAAGAUAGUUCUAUGAUUAAUGUCGAAAGUAUUCACCCCACAGUAAGUCUGUUAAAGGCAUUGCCAGAAUGCAAUUUGGUAAUGAAAAAGAAAGGGAAAGGAGAAACCAAAAAUGAACCUGUCAAUUGCAGCUUCUCUUUGAAAAGCCACAAAGAAUUGCUCCUCUCUGGAAGAGUAUACCAUGAUUAUGAAUUUAAACCUCGUAAAUCAAUUUUCGACCGCGUCACAACUCCACAAACAUUCUUAAAAAAUGAAUUUCGUGGAUUUUAUGUUCUCUUUUGGCUUUCUCUGUUUGUUUGGAUUGUCCAGUUAUACGGCAAAAGCUACUGGUUGCGAAACAGCAUUCUCGGGUUACCGCUUGCCAGAAUUGUGUUUCGUCAGUUCUUCGUUUUAUUUGGCUCUGAUUUUGUUAUGGUUCUCUUUACCUUGUUUUCUUUUGCCCUGCAAUGGUGUAUAGUAAAGCGAUACAUUGCGUGGUCCAACACUGGCUAUAUCAUUCAACUCACCUGGCAAGCAUGUUUUACACUGCUAGCUGUUUGUUGGGUCAUUCAUCGAAAGUUUCCGGUCAUACAGUGCCUCUUUUUCACUUUGCAUUGUGCCGUUCUCGUUAUGAAGCAACAUUCGUACGCCCACCAUCUUGGCUAUAUGAGCACAGUUCGUACAUUACAUGAAACUUAUGUUGAUCUUUCGAAGAAAAUUCGAAGCAGUCUUAAAGACGAAUCAAACGAAGCAGAAUCAGUGUCUUAUGAAUUGGAAUAUCUGGAUCAUACAGAGAAGAUUAAUGCUAUCAAAGCUGAUGAAGUUGUUGCAUUAACUAUGAAAUAUCUCGAUCAUUCAUUACGAAGUGAAAUUGGAAAUGUCAUUUAUCCAAAUAACGUGACUCUUUUAAACUACAUUGAUUACUUACUUAUACCUUCCCUUGUCUACAGUCUUGAAUUUCCCCGUGUUUCCAAAAUUAAUUUAAAAUACCUGUCUGUGAAACUUAUUACUAUGUUUAGCGUCUUAUUUACUUGCCUGGCCCUCGUCGACUGGUACUUUUUACCUGCUGCUGAAAGUAUGCAAGGUUUAGAUUUUGUUACUAAGCUUAGUCAUGCUCCAUUUUUAAUGAGCAGAAUUUUAUUCCCUGCUGUUAUACUUUACAUGCUCUUGUUCUACCUUACAUUCGAUGUCAUUUUGAACGCCUUUGCUGAAAUCACGAAAUUCGCAGACAGAGACUUCUAUGGACCCUGGUGGAAUACUGUUACGUGGGAUGAAUUCGCUCGACUAUGGAACAAACCUGUCCACGUUUUCUUGAUGCGACAUGUAUACCAUUCUUCUAGGCAGGUGUUAAACAAGUCAACCGCUAUUUUCUUCACCUUUUUAUUGUCUGCUUUGGUACAUGAAUUCGUGAUGUUCUUAGUCACUGGUAAACUUCGUUGUUAUAUACUGUUUUUCCAACUCUUGCAAUUGCCCUUAUAUAAGUUAUCUAAAAUGUUCGCCUUUGAACAAAGGGAAUUACUUGGGAAUUUAUUCUUUUGGGUUGGAAUUUUUACUGGCCCUUCGUUCAUUUGUAUUCUUUACAUAGUAUUUUAAAGGGCAGAAACAUUCAGUUCUACUUUAGAGGAGGCAAAUUUUCUGUAACAUAUUUUGUAUACGCCUCUGUAUCUUGUAUCUUAUGUUUUAUGAUAUCUAUGCACUGCAAGCUUUGAUUUUUACGUUUUUUUAUUGAGAACAAUUACUCAAUUAUACAGAUCCCUUUUUUUUUGUUUCUUGUUUCACUUCAACAUGGUUUUCAGUUAGUAUUAUUUAUCUCAAUAAUGGAGUAUGGGAAAUAUUUUGGAAUUUCUUUUCUAUUCACAACUUCUGCUUGAGCUUAGA